AAUGGGGACACUCUUACGACUCCUGGCCUGGACGCUGCUGUCUGUUGGGCUGACAGUUGGUUCAUACGAACAACAAUCCUCUUCUCAGUCCGUGUAUAUGACUUCUUCCAUCACUAAGUUAUCGGUGAUCUCAGGAGUGAGCCCUACUCACAAUGGCCAAGUUUGCAGCACAUGGGGAAACUACCACUUCAAGACUUUUGAUGGGGAUGUCAUCCAAGUGCCCUCCACCUGUAACUUUGUCCUAAGCUCUCUGUGCAAGAGCACCUACGAAGACUUCAACAUCCAGAUGAGGAGGCAAGUGGUGGACGGCCUGCCCACCAUCAGCAAGAUCACCAUGAAGCUGGACGGGACAGUGGUGGAGCUCAUCAAGGACUCAGUCCUUGUCAACCAUAACGAUGUCGAGCUCCCAUACAGCCAGUUUGGAGUUCUUAUUGAGCCAACCCCCUCUCACAUUAAGAUUACAUCCAAGCUGGGCCUGGUUGCCACAUGGAACAGGGAUGACUCCUUCUUGAUGGAAAUGGACAAAAAAUUCAUAAACCAGACGUGUGGGCUCUGCGGUGACUUUAACGGGGUGCAGACCUACGAUGAGUUCUAUAAAGAUGGUGCAGAAUUAUCUGCAAUUGACUUUGGAAACAUCUGGAGGAUGGACAGCCCCACAGAAGACUGUGAAGAACCUGCACCGUUGCCUGAAAAGAGCUGCAACACUGUGGAGCUGCAAGAGGCGUGCGAGAAGCUAAUGUCCCAAGAGGCCUUCAGCAGUUGCCAGGACCUGGUGCCCAGCGAUUACCUAAUGAAAGCCUGCGUUUCUGACAUGUGCAACUGCAAAGAGAGCAGCAGCUCUUUUUGCCUGUGUAACACCAUCUCGGAGUACUCGCGACAGUGCGUACACGCUGGUGGACAGCCACAGCAGUGGAGGACCCAGCAAUUCUGCAGCAAAUCCUGUCCCUUUAACAUGGAGUACCAGGAGUGUGGAACCCCGUGCAUCGACACUUGCUCUAACCCACGGAGAAGCCAGAUGUGUGACCAGCACUGUACUGACGGCUGCUUCUGCCCACCUGGGACUGUUUUUGACGACAUCAAGCAGACUGGCUGUAUCGAAGUAGAGCAGUGCUCUUGUACCUAUAAUGGAGGAACAUAUGGUUCAGGACAAUCUUACAGAACCAAAUGCAGGAAAUGUACAUGUUCUGGGGGUGAGUGGAGCUGUGCGGAACUGGAAUGCCCUGGAACCUGUUUUGUAGAGGGUGGGUCGCAUAUCACCACUUUCGACGGAAAAGCCUACAGCAUUAAUGGGCAGUGCUCCUUCGUCCUGGCCAAGCAAUACGCAGGAACGAAUUUCACAGUACUGGCAGACUUACAAAAAUGUGGCCUAAGCGACACAGAGACCUGUCUGAAGGCUGUGAGCGUCCAAGUCCCAGAUACUAUCAUCUCCAUCCAGUCAAACGGAGCUGUCUCUGUAAAUAGUUUAGCUGCUCCACUGCCACUUUCUACAGAUAAGGUCACCAUCUUCAACCCAUCCACAUUCUACGUCAUUGCCGAAACCAUUUACGGGCUCCAGCUGACGAUCCAGCUGGUUCCAGUCAUGCAGGUCUACAUCACCUUAGACCCCUCAUACAAGGGGGCAUCCUGUCUGUGUGGAAACUUUAACAAUAUCCAAUCAGAUGACUUCAAAUCCACGAGUGGACUGGUGGAAAGCGCCGGAGAACCAUUCGCCAACACCUGGAAGGCUAGGGGGGACUGCCCCGAUGUUAAGCGCAGCUUUGAGAAGCCCUGCAGUCUUAGCGUGGAGAACGAGCGAUAUGCCACGCACUGGUGCUCCUUCCUGACAGACCCAAAGGGACCAUUUUCCCAGUGCCAUUCUGAGAUAUGCCCAUACAAAUACAAAGCACAAUGCAUGCAUGACAGCUGCAACUGCGAGAAGAGCGAAGACUGCAUGUGUGCUGCACUCUCUUCCUACGUCUACGCCUGUGCCAUCAAAGGCAUCAUACUCAAAGGAUGGAGAGAAACUGCCUGCAAGAAAUACACCAGCUGCCCAAGCUCAAUGGUGUUUCAGGACAGCAUGACCUGCUGCAAGCGCACCUGCCGCUCUCUCAGUGAGCCUGACUACACCUGCCAGGUAGACUUCUUACCUGUGGACGGCUGCGGUUGUGAAGAGGGAACCUACAUGAACCAAGAAAACCAAUGUGUCCCUGCCACAAGCUGUCCCUGUUACCACAAGGGGGUGGAGGUUGAAGCAGGAGAGACAAUCACCAAGAACGGGGCUACAUGCACUUGUAACAAAGGAUCUCUGAGUUGCUUUGGGGCUGAAGAAUUGAUACAAACCACCUGCGUCUCACCCAUGGUGUUAUUCAACUGCGAGGGGACCAAAUCAGGGACCAAAGGGUCUGAGUGCCAGAGGAGCUGCAGUGCACUCAACAUGGAGUGUGUCAGUACGGAGUGCAUUUCAGGCUGCGUAUGUCCUGAAGGACUGGUGGCUGAUGGGAUGGGGGGCUGUGUAAAAGAGGAAACUUGCCCCUGUAUCCACAAUGGUGUUCCAUACCAGCCUGGGUCGAAAAUUAAAGUUUCCUGCAACAAAUGUACCUGUAAAGAAAGCAAGUGGGAGUGUACAUCUAAUGAGUGCCAUGGGACCUGCGCCAUAUAUGGAGAUGGCAAUUACAUCACCUUUGAUGAGAAAAGGUUCAGAUUCAGUGGAGGGUGUGAAUAUGCCCUCACUCAGGAUUACUGCAGCAAGAGCAUUAAUGGAACUUUCAGGGUGGUCACUGAGAACGUACCCUGCGGAACCACUGGCACCACCUGUUCUAAGGCCAUCAAGCUCUAUCUGGGGGGUAAUGAGCUGGUACUGGCUGAAGGAAAGUACCACGUGAUACAGAGGGAGACUGGCAGUGAGAUUCCAUUCAAGAUCAGAACCAUGGGGAUAUACCUGGUGGUCGAGGCAAACAAUGGCCUGAUCCUAAUGUGGGACAGAAAGACCAGCAUGUUCAUCAGACUUGCCCGAACAUUUGAGGGUCGUGUCUGUGGUCUGUGUGGAAACUACGAUGGCAACGGAAACAACGACUUCACCACCAGGAGCCAGGCAGUGGUAGUGAACCCCGUGGAGUUUGGAAACAGCUGGAAGGUGGCUCCCACCUGCCCCGAUGCAGAGCUCAUAAAAGACCCCUGCACAUCAAACCCUUACAGACAAGCCUGGGCCCAGAAGCAGUGUAGCAUCAUCAACAGCGAUGUGUUCAGCACCUGCCACUCACAGGUGGACCCUGGGCAGUACUACGAUGCGUGUGUGAGUGACUCGUGCGCGUGUGACAGCGGGGGAGACUGUGAGUGCUUCUGCACGGCUGUGGCGUCUUACGCGCAGGCCUGCAACGAAGCUGGAGUCUGCGUCGCCUGGAGAACUCCCGAAAUCUGCCCUCUGUUCUGUGAUUACUACAAUGGCCCUGAUGGCUGUGAAUGGCACUACAAGCCCUGUGGAGCCCCCUGCGUUAAAACCUGCAGGGAUCCUUCAGGGAUUUGCUCCAAACAGAUUCCUGCCCUUGAAGGCUGCUAUCCAAAGUGUCCUGCAGACAAACCAUUCCUAGAUGAAGACACAAUGAAGUGUCUGCCGAGUGAAGAGUGUGGCUGCUAUGAUGAAGAGGGAAAUCACUACACCAAUGGACAGAGUGUCCCAUCCACAAAGAACUGUGAGACCUGCUACUGUGCAAUGACUGGAAUACUCUGCAGUCAUGAUGACAACGCCUGUUACUGCAUAUACAAAGGAAAUAAUUACCCUUAUGGAGUUACCAUUUACAACACUACCGAUGGUGACGACAGUUGUAUCACUGCUGUCUGCGGAAAGAAUGGAACAAUUGAGAGGGAUAUGUAUCAUUGUGCAACCACCACCACAGUAGUACCAACCACGUCACCCAGGACCACAGAAUCCACAAGCACCGCCACAUAUACCACAGCACCACCGACAACAGUCUUUGUCUUCUCAACAACAGGAGUGACAUCUGGAACAACAGAAGAAGGAAGGGAAACUUCCUUCAAGCCAGUUACACAAACAUUGCCCAUAUUCACAUUGCCAGAAGAAACUACAACAAAAUAUUCAACAUCGCCACAGAAAGUGACCACAGCAGGGGAAACAAAAAGCACACCAGGGCCAACGGGGUCAACAGAAGUCAAACCCACACCAUCUCCCACAGCACCUUUGACGACAGAAAAACUGAUAUCCACAACAGAGAAAAUUCAGACUGAAACAACAAAGUCACCAAUGGUGAAAACCACUGGUCCUGUAAGUGAAACA